UCAUUCCCUGUUUUCCGUUCCACUUGCUUCAGCUCCACACUUUCUCAGAUGCCGAGAAAAUUCAUCACUUUCUCGGAAAAUCUCAGCCAAACACCAAAAUUUUCUCGCCCUUUUCAACUCUUCCAUCUAUGAUCUCCAAAACCCAGUUCUUGAAUUUCCCAAUUUUCCUUUUGAUUCUGAUUUUGACGGCCAAAACAGAGGCAAAAUGUUCAAAAUCCUGCACUUCCGGCCACCUCCCCCACGAUUUCCCUUACCCAUUUGGCUUCUCCGCCGACUGCUUAAUCCGGCUGAACUGCACCCACGACGGCGCUGCCAUGAUCGGAGAAUUCCCAGUUGAAUCCAUUAACUCCGAUCAUAUCAAACUCGUUACCAAAGCCAAAUGCAACCGCCGCCUCCACACAAUCCGCCAAUUCUUUAGCCAUCACUACGCGCCGACAGUAAACAACGCCAUUCUUUUACAAAACUGUUCUUCUCCGAUUGCCACUUGUUUCUUACCGACGACGAUGGUUCAGACCAAAUUCGAAUCCCCUCCCAAUUGCUCUGUUAAUCGCACAAGUAUUAGCUGCUACACCCAGAACGCCACCGCCACCGCCGCCGCCGGUUUCUUGGAUUUCAAAAACCUCACCGCCACCAACUGCGAUUACCUUCUCUCCUCGAUUUCAGCGGAGGCGCUCAACAGCAACGCCUCCGCUGGAAUCUCUCUGGAAAUUCAAACGUUGGAGCUCGGCUGGUGGCUUCCGGGGAGCUGCCGUGGUUCUUGUCAUGUAGAUGCUAACUGCACGGAGCUUCGGUCCCCGAGUAAUGCGGAGCUGUCUCAUCGGUGCCGAUGCCGGGAUGAGCUUGUCGGCGACGGAUAUUUGGCCGGCACCGGCUGCCGGAAAGCUUCCAAUUGCUACACCACCAACUACAUCAUCGGCGAAUGCAGAACCUCAACAUCCGCCACAAGAACCGCCAUCCUUAUCGGAACCCUCAUCGGCGGAGCCACCGUACUGGUUACUGUUAUUUCACUCUGCUACUUCAUCCGCCGUUGUUCCAAUCUCAAAUCCACACACAUCCACAAAAUCACCAAACGUCGCCUCUCAGAAGCCACCGCCGGAAAAUCCCCCAUCCAUAUCUACACCUACAAAGAGAUUCAAAAAGCCACCCAAAACUUCUCCGACGACCACCGCCUCGGAACCGGCGCCUACGCCACUGUCUACGCCGGAAAAUUACACAACGAUAAAUGGGUAGCUAUCAAACGCCUCAAAAAUCAAGACCCUGAUACCAUCCAACAAGUCCUUAACGAAAUCAGUCUCAUCUCCUCCGUCAGCCACCCGAACCUCGUCCGCCUCCUCGGCUGCUCCAUGGAAUCCGGCGACCAAAUCCUCGUCUAUGAAUUCAUGCCCAACGGCACUCUGUCACAACAUUUACAAAAACAGAGAGGCGCCGGUCUCCCCUGGCCUGUCCGUUUAGACAUCGCCGUCGAAACCGCCGACGCAAUUGCCCAUCUCCACUCUGCAAUUAACCCACCGAUCUUCCACCGAGACAUCAAAUCCAGCAAUAUUCUACUCGAUCAUAAUCUCAAAUCAAAAGUGGCGGAUUUUGGGCUUUCGAGAUUGGGGAUGGCGGAAAUUUCCCACAUCUCGACGGCGCCACAGGGGACGCCGGGGUAUCUCGAUCCGCAGUACCAUCAGGAUUUUCAUCUCUCCGACAAGAGCGACGUGUACAGCUUCGGCGUCGUUCUGGUAGAAUUGAUCGCCGCCAUGAAAGUGGUGGAUUUCUGCCGCCCGAAGAACGAGGUCAAUUUGGCAGCUCUGGCCGCCGAUAGAAUUGGGAGUGGGCGGCUGAGGGAGAUCGUGGAUCCGUUGAUUGAGAUUGAUAAAGAUGAAUGGAGGAUUUCUUCGGUGGAGAAAGUGGGGGAGGUGGCGUUUAGAUGCUUGGCGUUUCAUAGGGAUAUGAGGCCGUCGAUGGUGGAGGUGGCGGCGGAGCUGGAUGAGAUACGGCGGAGCCGGUGGGAAGAAGGGGGUUUGAAAUGUAAGGAAUUGGGGUUAGUAGUUGAAAGUGAGAGCUCGAAAUCGAGCCAUGGAGGCGGAGAUUACUUUUCUCGAGCCUCUGUUGAAGAUUCAUGGCGGAGUGAACAGAGCUCCCCGUCGUCGAGUAGUUUGUUAAAUCAUGUCAUUUUAUAAUAAGA